AUGCCAUCUUAUCGGUAUGCGGAUAUUAAGGUCGAGGUGAAGGGAAAGAUUGGGGUCAUCAAAUUCAAUCGACCCAAAUCGCUGAAUUCCUUUGGUGGGAAUCUCCUUGUUGACACUCUACAUGCCGUGAAAGAACUCGACGACCACCCAGAUACUGUCUUUACAGUCUUGACGGGUGAAGGCCGAUUCUUCUCCGCUGGGGCUGAUGUACGAGGUUCACGGCCUCUGGAUGAAAACACGGCCGAUCUCACAAAGACCCAGCUCAAGAUUCUCCACUUAUCUCGAUUCACUACCAUGAUGGAACUGAUGAGAUCGCUCAUCGACCACAGGAAGGUAUUCGUCCUGGCCUUGAAUGGCCCAGGGGUGGGAGGAGGAGCAGCCUGGUUCCAGGGAAUUGCCGAUAUCAUCCUUGCAUCCGAGACUACAUAUCUCCAAGUCCCAUUCAAUUCCUUGGCUUUGGUGCCCGAGUCAGGAUCGGCGACCAAUCUGGCCAGACACAUGGGCGUCCAUCGCGCAAACGACUUUUUGAUGUUUGGUCGGAAGCUGACUGUUCAAGAGUUGGAGAGUUGGGGAUUGAUUAACCGCAUUUUCCCAGUUGGGGGCUUCCAUGAUUCGGUCGUUGAGUUCUUGGAAAAGCAGCUCGAGGUCAAUGACGGUGUUAGCAUGAUGGAGACCAAGCGGCUACAAAAUCUUCCGCUGAGGAGCGAGCGCAUCUUGGCGGUUUAUAAUGCGAUUGAUGCUCUUUCGGAGAGGCUUGCGAGUGGAGCACCGGCUGCGCGAUUCCGAGCGAAGAAAGCCGACCUGGAAGCGAAAUCCAAGUCGCGGCUUUAA